AUGAGAUCGAAAGAGAGAUAUGAUGGCACAUUGAUUAUUUCGAGCAAGUUUUGUUUGCCGCCAAUUAUCAAAUUUUUGUUUUUUUUUAUUUUUUUCUCAAAGAAAUUUUAAUCAAAAUCAAAAAUGGAAAUUGAUUCACAACCGCCGACUACUACUACGGCUGUAAAUAAAUUCAAAACAUGGGUCGAAAAAUAUCGACCAUCCAAAUUGGAUGAUAUUGUUUAUCAAACAGAAAUUAUAAAUUCAUUACAAAAUAUAAUAACAUCGAAUGCAUGUAAUUUACCGAAUUUUUUAUUCUAUGGUCCACCGGGUACCGGUAAAACAUCUACGAUUAUUGCAUUGGCUAAACAAUUAUUCGGCGUUGAACAAUAUAAAAAUCGUGUACUCGAAUUGAAUGCAUCGGAUGAACGUGGUAUUCAAGUGAUUCGUGAUAAAGUAAAAUCAUUUGCACAACGAACAAUAUCCACCAAUAAUAAUCAAAAAUUGGCUGCCAUUAAAAUUAUCGUAUUGGAUGAAUGUGAUUCAAUGACCAAAGAAGCACAAUCAGCUUUACGUCGAAUUAUGGAAAAAUAUUCGAAAACAACACGUUUUUGUUUAAUUUGUAAUUAUGUUUCGAAAAUAAUCGAUCCAAUUAUAUCACGUUGUACUGUUUAUCGAUUUAAACCGUUAAAAAUUGAUCUUAUCAAAACAACAUUAUUGAAAAUCGGUAGCCAAGAAGGUUUCAAAAUUAAUGAUGAAACAUUAGAUAUAUUGAUCAAAAUAUCUGAUGGUGAUCUUCGUAAAGCAAUUACUUUAAUACAAACAUUAUCGUUGAUCAGUGACAGUAAUGAUUGUAAUGAAAUUAGUCCGGAUGAUAUAUGUGAAAUUGCCGGUCAAGUACCAAUGAAAUGUAUUGAACAUUUUUUCAAUAUUUGUCGUAAUAGUAAAUCAUAUUCACAAUUAUUGAACGAAACUACAAAAAUUAUUCAUUCAGGUUAUUCAGCUACACAAUUUCUUUGUCAAUUACAAGAAUGGUUAGCCAUUGCUGAUGAAUGUUUAUUAAAUGAUGGACAAAAAUCCAAAAUUUGUUGGCAAAUCGGUAUUAUCGAUAAACGUUUAUUGGAUGGUGGUGAUGAAUUUUUACAAUUAUUACAAGUUGGUUCUUGUAUUAUGCAAAUUGCUGGCUGCUAAGCACAGCUAAGCUAAGCUACUUUCCUAAAUCAUCAAGCCAGGCAUAAUCCUACCAUUUCAAACAAAUCAGC